AUGGCAAUUUGGAAUCAUACACAUGUGAAGGAAUUCAUACUGGUCGGCUUAACAGAAAAUUCUAAUUGGGAGGUUUCCCUCUUCUUGUUUUUCAGCCUAGUUUAUAUCAUCAUUCUUGUGGGUAACUGGGGGAUGAUUAUGUUGAUCUGUUUCAAUGUUAGACUUCACACUCCAAUGUACUUCAUUCUUUUUGGUAAUUGGGGUAUGAUUAUCUUGAUCUGGCUGAAUGCUCAACUUCAUACACCGAUGUACUUUUUCCUUAGUAACCUUUCUUUCUGUGACAUCUGCUACCCUACUAUCUUUGCUCCUAAGAUGUUGGUCAAUUUCUUAUCAGAACACAAGUCUAGUACAUUCUUUGCCUGUGUUCUGCAGAGCUUCUUUUUUGCAGUUUAUGUAACCACAGAAGGCAUCCUCCUGUCUAUGAUGGCUUAUGAUCGCUAUGUGGUAAUCACCAAGCCCUUAAUGUAUACAGUUAUUAUGACCCACCGCGUCUGCAUGCAGAUGGUUUUGGCAUGUUACUUGGGUGGCCUCAUUAAUUCUCUGACUCACACAAUAGGUCUACUCAGACUGGACUUCUGUGGUCCAAACAUUGUGAAUCACUUCUUCUGUGGUGUCCCUCCUUUUCUGAAGCUUUCUUGCUCUGAUGCACACAUCAAUGAGAUGCUGCUUUUGAUCUUCUCUGGAGUGAUUGCUAUUUUCACCUUUAUUUUUAUCAUUGUGUCCUAUAGCCACAUUCUCAUUGCCAUUCUGAGAAUUCGCUCCAUAGAGGGGAGGCGCAAAGCCUUCUCUACUUGUGCCUCACACCUAACAGCUGUUACAUUACUUUAUGGUUCUGUGGCUUUUAGUUAUACUCAGCCAAGCUCUCAGCACUCCAUGGAACAGGAAAAAGUGUCUGCUGUGUUUUACACCUUGAUCAUUCCCAUGCUGAACCCUCUGAUUUACAGCCUGAGGAACAAGGAUGUGAAGAAAGCAACCAAGAGGUCCAUUUGUAGGUGGAGGAGCAACUCUUCACUCAGUCUUUUCUCUAAUUCUGCAAACUUGAAGUGA